GUGCAGUGGACAUGCUAAGGAAUAGGAGUAAAUAAGAGAGAAUUAGUUUGAAGAGAACAAAGUAAUGGCAGCACUAAAGUUUAUCCUCUCUCUCUUGCUUGUUGCUCUUGCCACACAGGUUCAAAUGGGUCUGUCACAGAACUGUGCAAACGAGCUUAAUAGCCUUAAUGUUUGUGCCCCUUUUGUGGUGCCUGGGUCAUCAAACCCCAACCCCAGCACUGAAUGCUGCAAUGCAAUGAGAGAUGUUGAUCAGACUUGCUACUGUAAUACUAUGAGGAUUAUCUCUCGUCUUCCUACUCAGUGCAACAUGCCUUCUCUCACUUGUUAG